AUGGACCGAGCGGGUGUAUUCGAUCAGACAAGUAUUAAUGGCUCACCAACAAGAACCGAUUCAUUGGCAUCACCCACUCAUGACAAGCCAGCAGAUUGGCACCUCCCCAACGAGCGACCAGCGGCCGAUGAGCUACCACCAGAGCUACCACAACUGUAUAAAGAAUGGCUGCCCUCUCCGACGAACCAGUCCCGCCACUCGGCCGUUUUCCACCAGACCCCAGCAGCCGAAGCACGCCCAGUCCAACAGAGACGGCGGCCCUGGAGUGCAUUCUUCAUGACCAACAAUCACAAGUCUCCCGGCGAUCCUCCCGACUACCACUUCUCCCUCUCAAACCCACCCGCCAGCCCGACCCCCCCACUCCAUCAAAUCACAAACACUCCAGCCGCACGGCCAUCCAGACCUAGAACACUCAUCCCUUGUCGCCCGCAAUCUUGCUCGCCCUCAUCCUUGGACAGCUUCCGUCGAAGGUUCUCUUGGAACCCACAGGCCCAUUCACCAGGCACCCGUUCUUCUUGGCUCUCCAAGCGAUCCUCCCGCUCUCGUUCGCGGGCCUCUUCCGGCUCUCCACCCGUCGGAUCGGCCCGCCGCCGAUUCUCGUCCAUCCUGCGUCCCCACCAACAGGAGCAGUCGCCGAUCAGCCCUCCAGAGCACUCGCCAAGUCCCCCGCCCAAAAACGUCCAGAAAUCGCUCCGCAAUCGGCUCGCCAUCCUCCUCCACCGCCCCACUAAACUCAACCCUCUCUUCCCCUCCUCCAGCUCCCGUCCAAAGCCUGCUCCCGUCUUCUCCCCCCGCCGUCUCUCCUCGCUUCGUCUCCCUCCUCCUCCGCCCCCUUCCUCCUUGCAGGCCUUCUCGAACCCAGUUCAUUCACUCAAUCCUCUGGGUCCUCUCAUUCAUCCUAAUCGGUAA